CCGUCCGACGAGGAGAUGGAAGAACCUACGGAUGGAGUAGUACAAACAUUCCUGGAGACACUCAGACAAGUAUUCGAAGGAAUGAAGACGAAAAGCCGAUCAAACAAAGGAAUCCGAAGCAACAGGCGAUCAUCAACGACCAGGUAGAUGAACUACUAGCGUUGGGGCUCACAGAACCGUCCCGAAGUCCGUAUAGGGCACCGGUGGUACUGGUGAGGAAGAAGAACAACGAUUGGAGGAUGUGCAUAGACUACCGGUUGUUGAACGAUGAAACGGAAAAGGACGCCGAAAAUGAACUAUAUCCUGGACCAGCUAAGGGAGGCAAAGUUCAUAAGCACGAUCGACAUGAAGUCAGGAUAUUGGCAGAUUCCCAUGUACAAGGACAGUCGGCAGUACACAGCCUUCACGGUAUCGGACGGGGUCUUUUUCAGCUACAGCACCGGCUACAUUUCAGAGAGAACUGGACACAAUCAUCGGACCCGAAAUGGAACCGUUCGCUUUCGCAUACUUGGACGAUAUCGUCGUUAUCGGGCGGGAUAAGAAGGAGCACUUGGAAAAACUGGAGGAAGUCUUCAAGAGAUUGCAACGGGCCAACUUGCGGAUCAACCCGGAUAAAUGUCACUUCUUCCAAAAGGAAUUCAAAUACCUUGGGGACGUAGUGAGC